AUAGCAAAAACCUAACCCUAAUCAAUCCAUUUCCACCGAAACCGAUCCCCUUUCUCUCUCUCCCUCUCUCAAAUUCCAGUGGGCGGCGGCGGCGCCCUCCCCGAGCGUCUGCGGUGGCGGCCUUCCCCAGCGCGGACAGCAGCGGUGACCCUUCGCCCCAUCCUCUCGCUCUUCUCUCCCUCGGAUCCGCACCGGCGGCGGCUCCCUCCACCCCGUAUCGCCUCCCUCGCCCCCUCCUCUCCCUCUCGCCUCGUGGUAGCCGGCGGUGGCGGCAAGCGGCAGCCGCGGGUAGCCGGCGGUGGCGGCAGCCGCGGGCGGAUGCGGCGGUGGCGGCGGCCGCGGGCGGAUGCGGCGGAGGCGGCUCCCUCCGCCCUCUCUCGCCUCCCUCCCGCGGGUGGAUCUGCCGGGCGGCGGCCGCAGGCGGAUGCGGCGGCGGCGGCUCCCUCUGCCCCCUCUCGCCUCCCUCCCGUGGGUGGAUCCGCCGGGCGGCGGCGGUGGCGGCAGCCACGGGCAGAUCCGGCGGCGGCAGCUCCUUCCGCCCCUUCUCGCCUCCCUCCCGCGGGUGGAUCUGCCGGGCGGCGGCGGCCACGGGCAGAUUCGGCGGCGGCGUCAUCUGCUGAGGGUGGAUCCGGCAACGGCGGCUUCCUCCGCCGCCUCUCUUCUCCCUCCGGCGCGGUGGUCGCGGGUGGAUCCGACGGUGGUGGCGUCUACUGAGGGUGGAUCUGGCAACGGCGGCUUCCUCCGCCGCCUCUCUUCUCCGUCCGGCGCGAUGGUGGUGCCCGAUGGUGGAUCCGGCGGCAGGGGAGUGAACUUCUGUGAUGUAUGUUAUUCUUGUUGUUAUUCUUGGAUGUGAUGUAUGUUGUUGUUGUUCUUGGAUGAUUUCGUUAUGUUGUUGUUUUUGGAUGUGGUGUAUGUUGUUGUUCUUGGA